ACUUUAAUCUAUCAGUUAUAUUUAAAGAUUUAAAUCAAAAAUGUCAGUUAAAAAAUAAUGAAGAAUUUGUUAUGAAUACAUGAAUAAAUGAUUGAUUGUGAAGUGUUAUUUUAAUAAAAAAUUCAAUUCAAAUAUUAAAUAUUAUAUAAUUUUAUAUAAUAUUAUUAUUUUAAAGAAUAUUUUAAAACAUAUAAAUAUAUAAUAAUAAUAGAUAAAUUUAUAAUAAACAAUAAUAAAAGUAUUUUUAAAAAAUUCUGAUAUUUUAAGAAAAACAUAAUUUAUAAUGACUCAUAUGGAAGCAUUUAAACUUCCAUCUAAUGUUCCAUCUGAUUAUAAGGAUAUUGUACUUGAUACUUUGUAUAAAAUGGAAGAACAUGUUGAAGCUAGAGGAUUAAGAUAUCAAUGGAAUUUAGAUGAUUUUGAAAUUGGUGCACCUCUAGGCAGAGGUAAAUUUGGACGUGUUUAUUUGGCCAGAGAAAAAACUACACAUUAUAUGGUUGCAUUGAAGACUUUAUAUAAAGUAGAGUUAAUGAAAGGACGUGUAGAGAAACAAGUGAUGCGUGAAAUUGAAAUUCAAACUCAUUUAAGGCAUCCUCAUAUUCUUCAAAUGUUAACAUAUUUUCAUGACCAUAAACGUAUUUAUCUUGUAUUAGAAUUUGCAGCUAGAGGAGAAUUAUAUAAGGAAUUAAAACGACAGCCUAACGAAAGAUUUAAUGAACACUUAUCUGCUAAGUAUACUUAUCAAGUGGCAGAUGCUUUAGAAUACUGUCAUAAAAAUAAUGUGAUUCACAGAGAUAUAAAACCAGAGAAUUUACUACUUACUUAUGAAGGUAAUAUAAAGUUAGCAGAUUUUGGCUGGUCUGUUCAUGCACCAUCAUCUAAAAGAAAUACAUUAUGUGGAACAUUAGAUUAUUUACCUCCAGAAAUGGUAUCAGGACAAACAUAUGAUAUAUAUGUUGAUCAUUGGUGUUUAGGUAUUCUUUGUUAUGAAUUUCUUGUUGGUAGACCACCUUUUCUUAGUGAUUCACAGCAAGAAACUUAUGCAAAAAUAAAGACAUUAAAUAUACAUUGGCCAGAACAAAUUACACCAGGAGCUAAAGAUUUGAUAUCAAAAUUAAUUAAACGAAAAAGUUCAGAAAGAAUUUCUAUGGCUGCUGUAAAAAAACAUUUUUGGAUAUUAAAAUACAAAGAUGCAUAUUAAUAUAAAAAUCUUAAAAAUUAUGAGAGAUCAAAUCUGGAUAAAACUUUUAAAUUUGAGACAAUUUGUACUUGCUGUGAAGAUAGAUUAAUUUUAUUAAUUAAAUCUGACAAUAAUUUCUCUGUUAUUUUUGUCAAUCGAGGAUUAAUUAAUUCCACUGCAAAUGGUCUUCCUGAAUAUAUAUUUCUAACAUCCACAUCUUCUCUGCCAGAUGAUAAAAAUUUAAUAGCUAAAAUGAUAUUAAAUUAUAAAUAAAAUUAUUAAUAUAUAAUUAUUAAUUAUGAUAAAUAUUAAUCAUUAAUUAAAUUAAAUUAUUAAAUAUUUGAUUUACAUUGAGCUUUUGUUACAUCAGCAAUAGGAUUACAUAGUAUAUCUUGAACAGAUGUCUGCAUCUUUUUUUCACCAUUUAUAAACCAUGGUGUUUGACUGAGUUCUCUUGAUAACUUAUUAUAUCGUCCUGAAAAUAUAGUAUGAUAUAUAUAUGAUAUAUUUAAUAAUUUAUGUAUAUUAUAAUUAUAUUAUAAUUAUAUGCAUUAUAAUUAACAGUAAAUAUUACCUCCAAUAAAAAUACUUGAAUGUGAACACAUAA